UGGGUAAAUUGCUUGUACACGUUGAAGCGUCAUUAUUUUCCCAUCAAACAGAAUUCCCCAAAUCCAAACCAUGUGGGCUGCCUCGUCCACCUUACCAACUCCGUCCUGCCACCGCCUCCCGAUUAUAACCAGGCCACUACCGACGCCUCCGGUCUCCGCCAUCUACGCAGAAUCCCAGCCACCCAAGACCGACGCCGGAAACACCACACCAAACGACAGUAGCAGCAUCAAAAGCUUUGGCCACAAAAUUCUCUCAGCCGUGAACUCCCCAAAUCCCAAAUCCCUAAACCCCAAACCAAACAAAACCACCCCAAAACAAGAAGCGCAACCGGAGGCUGCCCAAAUUAGUGGGUCCGAUAUUCUCAGGGCACUGCAGAAGGCAGCUGCCGUGAAGGAGAAGAACAGAACCCGACAAGUUAAAGGGAAGAAGAAAGAAGGGCCAACCACCGAAGGCAGCCACUCUGAGAUGAACCAUAGAGUGAGGCCUCUGAAGAUCAAGGGCGAUUGGGGAUUGAGGCUCAGCCAAUUGGAAAAACGCCUUCAGGAAUUCUCUGAGCCGGUUUGACGACUCUUUCACUCUCUUAUUACUAGAAUUGUUAUUGAUUUGUAUAUUCAUAUGUUGUGUUUAUGUAGAUUUUAAGUCUCUGUAUCUUACUUUGGUUCAAUUCCAAGUAAAAUGGCCAAUAUUUCAAGGCUUAGGUUACUAUAAUAUUUAACUUUGUAUUCAUACUUUUGAUACUCACCCUAUUUUAGAUAUUAGCACAACGUUCAGUAAAUGAUGACUGUAGCAAAGAAAUGACAUUACCAAAAUUUGAAUACAUUACUACUAGAUUUAAAACUU